CUGAAAUAAUCUGACUUUGCUUUGUCGCGCCAGCUUUUAAUAUACGUCAUACGACAGUCAUUAGUCAGCGUAAGGUCAUGAGUAAAAUACUUAAUACACUUUGCGACAGGCGUGCCCCACUAACGCCAAAUAAAUUUGUAUGGAAUUGGUAUUUGGUUUAAAAAUUUAUAAUUAUGUCAAGCGUAUGUGAAAAACGCAUUGCACUUGACGUACAGAUGUUAUAAUUAGGUCUAACUUCUAAUCACAGCAUUCAAUCUUACCGUGAAUCUUAUUGAGACGGUCAUGUUCCGAUUUGACAUAAUAUGUCAACUUCUCACUGCCAAAUUAUGAAAUUCAGUAUAAUAUAUUACUUCUAUAUUCUCUAUGUAUGAAAUUAAAUUUCGACUCUGAAGCUAAACCUUCCCAAUUCUAACUAACGAUGAAAUUCAGAAACGAGACUGCUAACUAUGAGUUCUGUUAUCUGUAUGUCAAAAUGAAAAGCGAUUUGUGUUUGUGAUGAUACCUUUAUUAUUAGUUUGACUUCUGUGAUUCUGGGCGCAUCACGAUUCACGAUUCACGAUUCACGAUGUUCCCAAUAUGUUACUAAAAACAGCCUAUAGCAGUAAUUGUAGCAUUGAUAUGUAAUUGUGUCAUUAAAAGAUAUAACUACAUAAUUACACAAAUUCAAUAAGACAAGGUGACUUACUCUUGAGAUAAGCUACAAUGAAGAUAGAAACAUUUGUGUUUUUUGAUAUAGAAGCUACAGGACUUCCUCACUUAGAAAAGAAUAGAACUAAAAUUACAGAAUUGACCUUCAUUGCUGUAGCUCGAAAGGAUAUUGAGACUUGUGAAUGUUUAUCUAUCAUGAAUAAAUUAUCUUUACUUUUCAACCCAGAAAGGAAAAUUCAAAAAGAAGCUUCGAAGAUUACAGGUUUAACAAAUAACAAUUUAAAAAAUCAACCGAUUUUUAAAGAUAAAAUUCAAACUAUAAAUACUUUUUUGUUAGAACUGAGUCAGCCAGUGUGUUUGGUUGCUCAUAAUGGCAAUAGGUUUGAUUUUAAAGUACUAAGAGCUGAAUUUUGUGAGGCAGGCCUAGAUUUGCCAUCUCAUCUGCUUUGUUUAGAUUCACUGACAGGUUUUAGAAAGAUUGCAAAAGAUAGUAUGAAUAUUUACAGUAAUGUUUCUUCAAGCUCCAGUAAAAAUAGUACUCGUAAGACAAAUAAUACUCAAGAAACAAACAUUUCAAGUUUAAAAGUUGAUGAUUUACUAACUGAUGAUGAUGAUGAUGAUUGGCCACAGCUUAACACAAGCACUGAAAUAUGGGAAAAAAUAGAUGAAUUAUCUUUUAAUGAAUGUCCUGUGAAAAAACCAAAAACAACAGAAAUAGUGUCUUGUCAAUUAACUGCUUUAUACAAAAGAUUUUUAAAGAAAGAGCCACUUACUACACAUCGAGCAGAAGCAGACUGCAUAAUGUUAUUAGAAUGUGUUACUAAAACUAAACAGAGCUUUUUACCAUGGGCUGAUAAAAAUUGUAAGUUAAUUAGUGAAAUUAAGCCUCUAAUACGUAGUUAAGGUUCAUUUAAAGUAAA